CUAUGGCUACUUCAUCAGCAACUUCUGCUGCAAACUCAACUGGUCAAGUGCUGGGUAUGCCGACCAGUUCACAGUCCAUCUCUAGUACGUCAGGAGCUGGCACUUGUCAGAUGGCGGGCUCGCAGUUCAGCUCGCCGCCUCCACGCACUAGGGAGCAGAUGGAGCUCCUGCAAGUCGAGAGGAUUCGCUUAAGGCUAGAGGAGGACAGAAGUGUCAGACUAGAGGGUAGGGAGGCAGACAAGGCUGCGCGAGAGGAGUUCGAUGACUCGACCCUUAGUCUUGUUGACCACGUUCUUGAGAUGUCUUCCCACUAUAUCAAGAACUUAUUAGCCAGCGAACCUCGCAGAGAGUAUCACACGUUUGAGACAUUCAGCAAGAGGGCCCUAGACUUAGAGGCUACGCUGGCUAGUGCUCAAACCCCUUCUGCGGACGGGAGAAAGAAGAAGACUCCACAAGAGUGGAAGACGAAGGGUAGUCGAUUGAUGAUGGUGGAUUCCGAUGGGAAUCAAACUGAGAUCGAUGAUGUUUCUGAGCUUGUGGAGGGAACAGAGUUAGACGACGAGGAGAGUGAUGAGGGUAGCAACCUCGCCGCGGUAGUGAAGACUAAGGCAGGAGGCCGCGGGAAGGGCGUCAUAGAUCAGUAUGACUUCAAACUAGACUAUGUGAAGGGAGAGUACAACAAGGUUGCAGGUGCGUUGUCUAGAAGGGCAGAUUACCUGGGUGCGUUGAUUUCUGAGUUUGGCCUAUCUGAGGACGUAACUCGAUCCUUGGAGGAAGCCUACAAGGAAGAUCCCAUCACGAUGGACAUCAUCAACAAACUACAGGCUAAAGACAAGGCCACCACUGAUGAGUUUGUGAUGGUGGAUGGGUUGCUCUUUCUUGAGAAGGCAGGGUUUAAGAGAUUAGUUGUUCCAUAUAGGGAAGAUUUGCGUAGUUUGUUUUUAGGAGAAUGCCAUGACGCAACAGGACAUUUCGGCUAUAAGAAGACUAGUGCUAACUUAGUACAGCGAUUUUGGUGGCCUAACAUGUUGGAUGAUGCAAAGAAGUACGUACAGACGUGUCAGGUCUGUCAUCGGGACAAGCCGCGAACUCAAGCUCCGCUUGGGUUACUCAAGCCUCUCCCCAUUCCUGUUGGUCCAGGGCAGAGUAUCUCCAUGGACUUCAUGGACACUCUCGUGACCAGCAAGAAUGGCAAGAGGCACAUAUUUGUCUUAGUGGAUAUGUUCACUAAGUACGCUAGACUAAUCGCCAUGCCAGAGACUGCCAAGACUGAGCACGUUAUCAAGUUGUUCAUGGACAACUGGGUGCGUGACUUUGGACUUCCGAAGACGAUCGUUAGUGACAGAGAUGUGAGAUUCACACGCGAGAUGUGGAAAAAGGCCACUGAACAGAUGGGCAGGCUGGACAAAUGAACCGAGUGGUGCAGCAUCUGCUGAGGCAUUACAUCAAGCCCAGCCAGGAUGACUGGGAUGAGAAAUUACCUCUCAUCGCCAGCCUGUACAAUAAUGUUGUACACAACACCAGAGGCGUCAGUCCUAAUCAACUGCAUCUGGGGUGGAAGCCUAGAUCUGUUCUAGACUUCCUCCUGCCUGAAAACCGAACUGCUGCAAUGCCUGGAACCAUUGAAUUUGGUGUCCAGUAUGAGAAACUGUUGCCGCAGACUGUCGAACACAUCAAGAAAUCUCAAGAAGUCAUGAUUGCUUCUGAGAAUAAACGUCGCCGACAGUC